GAAACAAACUUUCCACCAUCUGUUGCGAUUAGGAUUUUACUCCUAGCCGACACAUUAUAGCUAAUCUAGAUUUAGAUUCUAGAUCUAGUUAGACUAAGACUAAUCUCGUUGAUUAGUUGGACUUGAUUAAACUGCCAUUACAAUUUAAUCUACCUUAGCAGCUUACAAGACAUGAAUGUCUAGAGCUUCACACUAACCAUGUCGGUGUCUCAUCCUUUAUUGAAGAUAUUGAAAGCAACCUUGCUUGACCUCCAUAAUGAAGGGGGGAAAAUACUGGACACAAACCCCCGCCUCAUCCCAAUGUGCAGGACACUGGAAGAUAUUUUUAGACUCGGACUACAAACACAUCACAGACAUUGGUUUACCAAGCCUGACUACUGGAAUGUUUUGUCUAAACUUGGAGAAAAGGCUGGACCAGGACUUUAUCAUAUUAUCAAGUUUGUUAAAGGAAAUGCAAAAACUGACACAGACCAAGGCCGGGGUCGUUUGUUUAUUAGAGCUUGCCUGUUGAAGAAAGACUUGGUGACAUUAGUCAAGAAGUUAAGAGAAGAUAAUCCAUUUCUUCAGAUGUGGUAUGAUUCUUCAACAUCCAUCUUAAAUAAUGAUAUUUUAUCAGAAAUCCUCCUGUCCCUCCUGGCAGAAGUUCAAAACAUUACGUUUAGUCUCUAUUUAAAAAAUGCAAGUUUCCUGGAUGAGACUUGGGAAUUGGGGGAGUACAGAGACUAUGAGCUGGUUCCUUGUGAUGUUCUUGGAGUCCACUUACAAUUAAUCAACAGUCAUCUUGUUGUGACAGAUAUUGACCCAGAAAGUGUGGCCGGAGAAGAUGGCAAAGUGAGUGUCGGAGAUGUCAUGGAUGAACUCUAUACAGAGAGUUUGAAGGGAGCUAAGCGAGGCAAAGUGAGAGAUUUAUUUCAGAUGUACAAAGGCAUGCCAGUAUAUGUGAGUUUUGUGAAGGCUCGAUUUCCAGACGGCCAGAUUUAUCGUCCAAUAUCUUCACUUCUACGCUUAUUAGAGAUAGAUAUUUCUCAAGUUAAUGGCCCCCAGACUAUCCCCACCAGUGGCCCGGUACGUAAACCUGCCCACGCUUUGCUGCCUGAAGAAGAAGAAGAUGAAAUACCUGUUCAUGGCCCUGACGGAAAAGCAGAAUACACUGUAGUAUACAGAGGAGUUUAUCACCUCAAACAGGAUGGUCGAGUGGACAGGAUUCAUGACUCCAUUGAAAAUGUCAUUUGCAAUAGUGAACAGAGAAAAGAGGUUGUAAAACUUCAAACGUCUGAAACUGGAAUUGAAGUUCGGCGACUUUCAACUAAUGAGGUUUUAUUGAAUCACUCCUAUACUGAGAUUUCAGCCUGUGGACGUAGGACUGAUAUGCUGUUAUAUUUUGGCUACAUAGCUGGUGAAACCACGUGUAACCUAGCCAAAGAUUUUACUUGCUUUGUGUUUGAAAGUAAUGAUGCUUCUGAAGCAAAAAUUAUUUUAUGCAGCAUCGCUCAAGGUUUUGAAAGAACUCACUGGUUUCUUUGAGUAAUAUAAUUAACAAAUUUUGUGGUAUAUUAUAUUGGUCAGUGCAAUAAUACUUUUAUAUUAAUUUAUGUGAAAGUUAUUAUUUUUUCUUUUGGCCUUAAUAAAUGUCUGUAUUUAUAUACAUCCUUUUUACUCUGUAUGUUAGAGUAAAAAAAUGAAAAGUAGAACAAUGAUAUUAGAAUACUUGAAGAACAGAGUUUUCUUAUGUUUGUAUUGGUCUGUGGCAGUGAAGUAUUAGAUUAAUCUGCUUCUUCUUCUAGCCAGCUUUUUGCUGCUGAGUUGUUAGCUCUUUUAGCAGACUGAGCCAAGGAAAAAUAGUGUGCUGUUCUCUUCAGUUGUUCAGCAGUGCUGUACAGUGUGUUGGUUAUGUUGGGCUGUAGUGGUAGUAGGGUCUGCCUAAGGUGGAUAAGGAAGGGACAUUCAAAAAGGAUAUGGUUUACAGUUUCAUAAGGGCAGGCGCAGUGUCUGCAAAGGGGUAGUAUGUGUGAUUUAUUUUGCUAAGAUGGUAAUUUAACAGAGGUGUUUGUCCUGUCCUUAGUUGAAAUAUCGUAGAGCUUAUCAGCUUAAUGGUGAAUACUCUGAAACCUUUUCAUCGCCAGACCUGCAGGAUAUUUUGUACUUGUUCUUUUUAAUUAUAGAAAUGUCUAGAAAAACAAUGUCUAUUGCAGCUAUGUUGUCACUACAAGGUGUCUCAAGACAGGCAAUUUUUUUUUAGUUGCUUUAAUCCUGAUGACACUGCACUUUACAAGAUUUAAACUCAGUUGUAACAUUCCAUGAACACUGGAAUAGUUUUAAUGUGUCUUUCUCUUCAGUGUUUAAAUGUGUUUAGAAGUAAUGUUUGUAUGAAGUUAAGUAGGCCAGUAGUAUUGAGAACAAAACAUGCUUUAAUUUCAAGUAUGACUUGCCAGUUUGUGCUUUGCUAGUACAAGACUAGCCAGUUUAUGCUUUACUAGAACAAGACUUGCCAGUUUGAGCUUUACUUGUGUAUAACAUGUAAUCUGCUUGAUCUUUGCUAGUGCAUUACAUGAAAUCAAUUUUAUCUUUGCUGUAUUACAUGACAUCAAUUGUAUCUUUUCAAUACAUUACAUGCUUUGCUAGUACUUUAGAUGACAUGAAUGAACUUUUGUAAGAGUGAUUAUUAUUAUUUUUUAUACCUUUGUACACUUUUUUUUUUAACACCAAUAUAUAGUAGAACUGUUCAUAUUGGUAUAUCAUACUUUAUGAUUUUAUAUUCCAUAUGAUACGGUGAAGGUUUUUUUUUUUCAUGCUUUGGUUUCUAUUGGAACUUUGAAGAGUAAAACUUAAAAAGGUAAGAAAAAGUAAGCUACUCUACUUCCCAGUCAUUCUAUUGCUGUCUUCCCUUCUGCUGUCUUAAAGAAAAAAAAGGAAACUUAUGAAAUUAAGUUGCUGUAUUGAUUCUCAUAGUUAAAGAUAGAAGCUCGUUGGCCUUGAAAAAAAAAUUGACAUGAGAUGACAAUGAUGCAUCUAUUUUCAGUUGUCUGAUUAUAAAAAAAAAAUCUAGUCACAUGACUGAAAAAAACAAAGAUUGACUUCUGCAGGGGUGAACGACUGCAUAGAAAAUACAAUAAACAGGCAUAUAGGUGACCCUGCAGGACCAAGUAAAAAUAAUUGAUUGAGUUCACUAAUAACUCUGCAUCUACCAUCUCUAGCACUAUAGUGUAGAUAUAGAUAGAUGUAACCAAUUCUCACAUUAAAAAGAUACUGGCAGUCCUCAUCAUCUACUAUACUCAUUAUGUUGUCCACUAUCUUGUCAAGACUCUCCCAACUUCUGCGUAUCCACUGACUUUGCCAAGAUGACAAUGACUUGAAAAAGCCACAGAAUUGAUGGACUUCUAUGUCAUGUUUACCCUCAAACUGUCGUAGAUAAAUAUUUGACGUGAGUGAAAAAGGUUUCAAGAAAAAAAAAAUUAAUUCUAGUAAUGACGGGAGGCCUAAACUGAUAUUAACUGACCCACUGACCACCCUCAGUAUCUAAGAGCUAAGACUAUGUGUGGUAUUCAGUCGAGACAAAAACUUACAAGACAUAUUAGUGCGCACUAAACUUCAUAACAUUUCGAAUGAACCUGGCACUUGGCAAUGUGAACGACAUAACUGUCAGACCUGCUAACCCAUGCUUGUCACACCCGCCAUCACUUGUCCUAAUAUGACCCUCUACAUAAGUGUUAAAUUUAAUAGCAGAAGGGUCAUAUAUGCGAUAAUAUGCAGGGAAAUACAGGCAGGAUCAUAAAAAUACGACUCCAAAAACACCUAAGCCCGUCUCUAUUAAAAUUGCACAUAACAUAUUAGAGCUUUUUUAAUAUAGCGCUACUUUCAUGCUUAAAGCAUGCUCAGAGCGCUAUGGUCCAAUCUGAUUUGAGAACCAGUGAGGGGAGAGGUAUCUAGGAGAAGGUUUUCCGUGCUUCCUUUAUGCGCUCAAUAAACACAACUCUGCCCGAGUCAGGUGUCGAACCUCGAGCCCCCUUUAAGUUCAGGCGUACUUAGACUCUUGACCACGCUUCCCAUAGGGGGUACUACUGAUGUCCUCAUCAAUUCAAUGACAGAACACUUGACAGCAGAAAAAGUAGAUUUAUUUACAUGUCAGGUGCCAUCAACAAACAACACUUUUAUUUAAAAUGAGAAACAUGCACUUUUUUAAAUUUAUCUGCCUCCUUCUGAUUUCCCAUACUUUUCCACCAGCUCAUUUCUUAUUUGCCUCAAUAGACAACAACAGCAGACGUAUUAGCUAAUGAUAACUAUUUUUGUUUGUCUUUUUGUUUGUUUGAAGCUGAUGAAGGCCUUUGUUUUAACUUUGGUCCAGCAGGGUUUCGUACUUGUAUGUUUACUGUAUUUUCUAGUCACAUUUGUAAAUAUUGGUGUUUCCUAUUUUAAAUAUAAAAUGUUUGACUUGGGAAUAUAAUGAUAUUAAAAUUUGCUCAUGGUAGACUUUGUGCACUUAAUUGAAGGUUUCAACUUCCAUUUGAUGAUGGUCUCUUCAAGAUCAACUCAAACUGAUUUCUUACCACAAAUGUUAUAGAUUUUAUGUUGCUAAGAGAAUGAUGUCAAUGCUAUUUUGAUAACAUUAGAAAAAAAGGCUUUUGUUUCCAAAGCAAGUAAUGUAUAAAAAAAAUUAAUUAUUCCUACUUUAUUUUUGUCUUGUAUUGCACAGGGUUGGCCAUAUGCAUACUGAGACUCAGUAAUAAGAAAAAAUACAAUAUACUUAUUAGUUUACCGAGUCAGGUUGAUAGAACACUGUGCUUUGGCUGUGUUGCGAAUAAUGAAGUGAUCUUUCUGCUAUUUUAAUGAAAUGUGUUGCUAUGCAGAACAAGAUGAAAAAAAAAAGAUUUUAAAAUUUUGUUUCAUGUCUAUGACAAAAGUGUGACUUAAAAAGUAGGAAUUGAAAAACCUGACAGAAAGUGAUUAACUUUGAUGUGUGCACAAGGUAGUUUGACAUGCUCUAGUCAUUCAAUAAUGAUCAUAGCUCAGGCCUUGUGGUUCUGCACAUACUGAUGCAUGAGACAUUUUGUAUUGACAAAUAUAAUUUAGACUGCUAGACAUUUUCAACUCUGUAAUAAAAUUAUGUUCAACCAUUUUGAAGUAGCCAUGGGGCUAGUGUUUGCUGCAGCAGUCAGUAACUCAGGAUAUUUUAGGUGACAUUUGUCAUUUUUGCCUUGACAUUUGAGAUCUGAUUUUUUACUUAUGUAAUUAAUUCAGUUCAUAUUGUGGGACCAAAAAAAAAACUGACUCAACUUUUGUUCAUGAUUUUGUUAUUUUAAAUCUAGUAUUAACAAUUUAGUUUAAUAAAUUGUUCCAUAUCUGUGAUUGUGUUCAAAUUCAAAGUUUUUAUUUUCUAGCAGAAGUGUAAGCAGAUAAUUUUUUUUUACACUUUUUAAUUAGCUGGUGAAAAAAGUUAAUUAAAAUGUUUCAAAAACUA